AUGAAACAGUACUUCGAGGAUUACGAUGUGGUGGAUCCUUUGGAACCACGACAUGCUUUCUAUGGUGGUCGAACCAACGCAGCGAAACUCUUCCACGAAUGCAAAGAGGAUGAGAAGAUAAGGUAUGUUGUUAGUGCAUCCCAAUAGAUCUAGGAACAGGAGUUUAAUUAAUGUCCUUUUUUCUUACAGGUACGUCGACUUCACCAGUCUCUAUCCCUGGUGUAACAAGAUGACCAAAACGGUGAUUGGUCGGCCUCGUAUCAUCACUGAAAACUUUGAUGAUAUUACCACUUACUUUGGCUUGAUCAAGUAUUACCACCUCGUGGACUUUUCCAUCCAGUCCUUCCCUAUCGAACCCAAGGCAAACUGAUGUUUCCUCUGUGCAAAGCCUGCGCUGAUACGUGUAACCAAACCCCUUGUACUCAUUCCGAGCGUGAAAGAGCUAUCCAAGGAACCUGGUGCAGCGUGGAAUUAGAGAAAGCCCUGGAGAAAGGUUACCGUAUCCUCCAAAUGCACGAAGUGUGGCAUUUUCCCGAAACCUCUGACACGCUGUUCAAGGACUAUGUGGACACUUUCCUCAAAAUCAAGCAAGAAUCCAGUGGUUAUCCCAAGAAUUGUACCACCGAGGAACAGAAACAGCAGUACGUCGACGAAUACUUGGCAGUCGAAGGAAUACAACUAGAUCGAGAAAAGAUCGAACACAAUCCAGGGAUGCGUGCAUUGUCCAAACUGAUGCUGAAUUCGUUUUGGGGUAUGUAUUUUUAA